GUCGAUACUUAUCUGCAGCUAAAAGGCACACAACUAGAGCGUGAGAUGGCAGCUGAAAUAAUUUUGCACAUACUCGAUAAAGUCAUGCAAAAUACACAAUCGCUGAAUAGUCAACAGCAAAUUAAAAAAUUGCAACUCUUAACACAAUCAGCAGCGUUGAACCGUGAAACAAUUGCAGCAUCUCAAUUAGCAACAUCAACAUCAUCCACGUCAGCAGCAGCAGCAGCAGCGGCUGCGGCCGCAGCGUCUGCAGCAUCAGCCACAGCAGCAGGCAAUAGUGCAAUAUCAUCCUCAUCCUCGGCCUCUGCUCCGGCAACUACAACACACACAGAUGACGGCGGCGCAUCGAGCUCGGCAACAGCUGGCAAUGCCAUGUCACCGGCACGCUCCACUUCAGCCAAUUCAGCGUUAGCUACAUUGUUGCGGAACGAUGCUGGCGGUAGUGGUACUGGUACUGGUGGUGUUGGUGGUGUUGGUGGUGCCAACAGCAUACUCACAGUCGAUGAGGAUUCUUUGUCGUUGGAUCGCUUAAAUUCGCUGCGCAUCUAUAUGACUUCAGUGAAAACGUUGCCGUUCAAUUUGAGGAUUUACGGCGAUGAUUUGUUCGCGGAUCAACUUUACAUGGACAUUGGACUCUCCACCAGCCUGCUCAACAUAAUGGCCAACUCAACGAUAUUCGCAUCGGUUAUCUCGUAUAAAAAUUUAAAAAGUUUUCUACCAAAAACUUAUUACACGCGCGGCAGCGACCCCAAAGAGUCUGACUACAUUUUGGCCUCGCGCAUUUUGCAAACUUGGCUUUUUCAGUCGAAUCGUUCAAACGAUAAUCUACGUGAACCACUCGAUUUACCUUUCGAAGCGGGGCAUGUUGAGAUCAUAUUUCAACAUGAAGCAACACCAAAGGAUGGCGAUUGGGUGGCAGUAUGUGGUCAUGACUACAAGGCCUCCUUUGAGUCCACUUGGCGUUCUGAUUUGUGCAUGACCAAGCACCUGAUGGCGAAUAUUACGCGCUGUAUUUGUCCAUUGUCUGGCACCUACGUUGUCAUGCUUACGAAACGUAAUAACAAU